UCGACAAAACAAAACAAAACAAUUGUCAUCUUCUAAAGACUUCUUUAAGAAAAUAUCUGCGCCCCAACAAACAGCUCUUGGAGAAGACAAACAAGUAGAAAUAAAUCGAUUCAAUAUCUUCUCGUAAUCCACAUAACUAUUUGAGAACGUUGUUUCGGUGUAGACUUCAUCUCCAUCCCGGAUCUACUUCCGGUUCAGUGAUAUCUUAACCAGCAGUUUCAUAAACAAGUGAACUCACCCGUUGAUUCGCCCUUUCAAACCAGAAAAUCAUCAUGAUGCCAGUGGAAUUUGUAGAACUUUUUGAGCAUCGCCUUCAGAAAAGCAUUCGAGACCCAAACAUCUUCCUCGAUUUUAAUGUUACGACCAGUUCCCAUCCUCCAACAGAGUCCAGACAGUAGGAGACCUUUCCAAGUAUAUGAAGAUCCAGUUAGACCUCGUACAGAGUUAGAUCGGGGAAAAGAGAAAGUCUCGGAUUAAUCGCCUCCGUAUCUACGUAUACUCAUCGAGUAAUUCAGAAGCUCGCUCUGGUUAGAAGCUUGUCGGAGCUAUAUCACACUAUCCAUCGGAUCUUUUGGUACUUUUAAUUGGUUAAAUUUUGGUUAUAAUGUCAUGUAUAGGUUAUUUUGACUAAUAUUAGCCUAUAUGUGUUUUGUUGAGAUUAGCCAUUUAUUUGGCUUGUUUUUGGUAUUUUGGUAUAUGCAUAAUCUGCUUAUAAGGUUGAUGUGUGGAUUGAUUUGUAGUUAAAAGAUGAAAAGUAAAAUAGUAGUUGAAUAUGUAUGUGAUGUAUGUUUUAUAACUUGGUGUGGUUUGGUGCUAUGCUAGGGAAAGCAUAUAUGUAUUUGAUGCUAUUGAUUAUGUGGUACAAUUCAUAUCAAAUGGUAAGUUUUGGUAAAUCAUUUACAUGUGUUGUAUUGAUGCAAUAAUAUAUAUAAGUUAGUUGAUUACUUGGUUACAUGGAUCACAUGGUUGCAUAUAUUUCAUACUUGUCAUUCGAGGUGCCAAAGGGCAUAUUGGUUGUAUAUGGUAUAUGCUUGUUUUGGAUGCUUGAUUAUAGCUUGUGUAUGUGUGCAUUUUUGGGCGUAGGUUGGUGUCAAAUUGGGUGAGAAAUGUGGCUUAUAAAAUGGCCUAUUUUCGUCCACAUGGGAAGGGACACGGUCGUAUGUCCUCUGUAGCUUCUUAAGGGUUGCAAGUCAGUAUGCUCACACAGCUUAGCACACGGGCGUGUGGCUUAGCCGUGUGACCCAUGUCAGUAUACUCAUACGAGCAUGGGCACGGGCUGGGACACGACUGUGUGUCCCUAUUUCGGAUGCCCACACGGCCUAAGACAUGGGCGUGUCUCUUGGCCGUGUGACCCAUUGUAGUGUUGAAAAUUUUAAAUGUUUCUGAAAAAUUCUCUGAGUUUCAGAUUUAGUUCCGAUUUGUUUCUAACGCAUAUUUAGAGCUUCGAGGUCUCGUAUAAGGGACAAUAUGUAUGUUUUGAAUUGAUUUUGAUAUAAAUAAUGACAUGUAAUGAAUUGUUUGAAAUUUCUAUCCGAUCUUUUUUGAAAUAUCAGGUAAUGCUCUAUAACCCUAUUCUGGUGACGGAUUCGAGUUAGAGGUGUUACAAAAUUAGCUUAACCAAGUGUGCAAGAAAAGUUUUAUAAGUUUCAAGACUUUGUUAGUGGAGUUAAGUGUGUUUAAGUAAUAUUUUUAUCUUUUUGACAAGUUGAUUACUUGAUAUACUUAAUGCUUUGUUUUAGAAAUGAGAUGAUGAAUCAUUCACCAAAAUUCUCUUCUUGUUUUGGUUCUUAUUGAACAAUCUGUUCUUGUCACAAUUCAAGCUGAUUUCCUUGUUUGUUCAGCAAGUUACAAUAGCUUUUAGCUCAAGACUUUACUGUGAUUUCUUGAUCUGUUUUCUAAGUUCCUACUAUUGGUAUUGAGAGCCAACUUCUUAGAGGACCUUUCUCUUUUCUACUCUCAAAACACAAUAUCUUCAUCAAGUUUCUCUCUAGCACCACCAUCAAUAUUCAAUGGUGAAGGCUACCACAUUUGAAUAGUGAAAAUGAAUACAUAUUUGUAAGCAUUUGACUUGUGGGAGGUUGUCAAUACUGAUCUUGAACCACCACCCUUGAGAAUUAACCCUACGGUAACUCAGAUCAGGCAACACUCUGAUGAUAGAGCCAGGAGGUACAAGGCAAUGUCAUUUAUCCAAAAUAGUGUGUCAAACUUGAUUUUCACAAGGAUCAUGGCCUGUGAUACUCCAAAACAAGAUUACGACAAGCUUAAGGAAGAGUUUCAAGGAACUGAAAAAAAUACAACAACUCUUAAACUCAAGGAAGGACUUUGAAAACCUAAAGAUAAAGGAGUCAGAGAUAGUCAAACAAUAUUCAGACAGAAUCAUGGCUGUUGUAAACAGUAUCAGACUGCUUGGGGACCAAUUUAAUGAAGCCAGAAUAGUGGAGAAGGUUAUUUCAACCUUACCUAAAAGAUAUAAAGCCAAAAUCUCUUUCCUAGAAGAUUUGAGAGACUUAUCAAGCAUCUUUUUGACUGAGCUGAUUAAUGCUCUUUAUGCUUAGGAAUAAAUGAGAGCUAACAGAUAGGAGCAUCAUGAAGGUGCAUUCUAAGCCAAGAACAGACCAACCUCAAGCUCCCUUGGUUACAAAGAGAAGAAAACUUAGUUAGACAAGCCUAAAAGAGAUGGAGCAAGAAGAAAAUAUCCACCCUACUCACGUUGUAAAAUGAUUAGCCAUCAAGAAGUAAAUUACUGGUACAGACCUGAUGUGCAAUGCAAUGUUUGUAAGCAAAUGGGCUAUGUUGAGAAGGUCUGUAAAAAUAAAGGCUAAGAAAAGCAACUACAACCUCAGCAGCUUAAAAUAGAAGCUCAAGUGGCAGAGGAGAGUUAUGCUCAAGAAAAGCAAGUAUUUGUUGUCUCUUGUUUUGUAAAUAAAAAACCACAAAAGGGCAGCUGAUUGAUAGUGGCUGCACUAACCACAUGACACCUGAUGUUACUAUCUUCAAGAGCAUAGACAGAAGCUUCAAUUCAAGAGUAAAAGUGGGAAAAUGCCAAUACAUCAAAGUAGAAGGGAAGAGAGAUGUACUGAUUGACACUCCUUCAGGUACCAAACUUGUUUCCAAUAUUUUGUUAGUACCUGAAAUUGAUAAAAAUCUGCUAAGUAUUGCUCUGCUACUUGAAAAAGGAUAUUCUAUUAUGUUCAAAGGCAAAGAGUGCAUGAUCAAUGAUCCAAGUGGAUCCAAGCUCAUGUUAGUAGCCAUGACUGAUAGAAGCUUUGUUGUUGAUUGGAAUAUGGGGUCUGUUAGUACCUACACAACUGUCUUAGAUAAGUCCAAAUUGUGGCAUAGAAGGUUGGGCCAUGUUAACUACAGGUUACUGGUUCAGUUGUCCAAAGAAGAUUUGGUUGAAAAUUUCAUAAAAGGUGUUGGAAAAUAGGAUGUUGUGAAGUAUGUCAGCUAGGAAAACAAGCUAGAUUACCAUUUCCAGCAAACAAGGUCUGGAGGGCCUCUGAAAAACUACAACUAGUCCAUACUGAUGCGUAUGGCCCUAUGAGGACUGGUUUUUUGAAUGGCAGUAGGUAUUUUAUUCUCUUCAUUGAUGACUACUCAAGAUUCUAUUGGGUUUACUUUUUAAAGCUCAAGUCAGAAGUAGCCUCAGUGUUUUGGAAGUUCAAGGUUGCAAUAGAAACUCAAUCAAGUUGCAAACUUAGGACACUAAGGUCAGAUAACGGGACGUGAGUACACAUUGGAUAUGUUUCAAAGUUUUUAUGAAAAAUCAGGGAUUGAACACCAGCUCACCAACACCUAUACACAUCAGCAAAAUAGUGUCAGUGAGAGAAAGAAUUAAACCCUGAUGGAUAUGUCCAGAUGCUUAAUGUUUGAAAGGAAUUUACCUAGAAGUUUUUGGGUUGAGGUAGUGAAUACUGCAGUAUAUCUUCAUAAUAGGCUACCAACUAAAGCCUUGCUUGAAAACACUCUAUUUGAGGCCUAAUUUUGGUUCAAACCAUUAGUUGCUCACUUAAAAGUUUUUGGUUGCAUAUGUUAUGCACAUGUUCCUGUAGUUAAGAGGGACAAAUUGGCAAAGAAGGCUUAGCCUGGCAUCCUUGUGGGCUAUAGCAGUGUCAAAAAGGGCUAUAGAGUUCUGAAUCCUACAACCUACAAGGUCUUUGUAAAUAGGGAUGUGGUAUUUGAUGAGAUGUCAUCCUGGAAUUGGAGUAAAGGUGAACCAGAGUGUGCUGCUGAAGACUUAGUGACAGUGCAAACUGAUGAUUAGAAUGAUCAAGAGCUGUACAUUGAUCAUGUGCCAGUUAAGGGAACCAGACUCCUCAGUGAAGUAUAUGAGAGGGCUGAUAUAACUACUAUAGGGCCAACUAGUUUUGAAGAAGCUGAAGCACAAGAGGGUUGGAGACAAGCUAUGCUUGAUGAAAUGAGCAUGAUACAUAAAAAUCAAACUUGGGAUCUAGUUACAAAACUAGUUUACAGAAAGGUCAUAUGAGUAAAGUAGGUGUUUCGAGCUAAACAAAAUGCUGAUGGAACUUUGAACAAGCUGAAGGCAAGGUUAGUUGUGAAGGCAUUCAGUCAAGAGUAUGGGAUUGACUACUUUAAAACAUUUGCACCAGUGGCAAGACUUGAUACUAUCAGACUCUUGGUAGCAUUAGCUACUCAAAGGCAGUGGAAAAUACAUCAACUUGAUGUAAACUCUGCCUUUCUCAAUAGUUAUUUUGAUGAAGAGAUACAUGUUGAACAGCAAGAUGAUUUUAAAGUUGUUGGUGAAGAGGAUAAAGUGUACAAGCUAAGAAAAGCCUUGUAUGGCUUAAAGUAGGCACCAAGGGCUUAGUAUGACAAAAUUGACAACUACCUAGCAAGCUUGGGGUUUAAGAGAAGUUUCAGUGAACCAACAUUGUAUGUGAAGAAGGAAGGUGAUGAAACACUGCUUAUAAUCUCAUUGUAUGUGGAUGACUUGUUAGUGACUGGUGGGAAUGAUGUUAUGCUGACAGAUUUCAAACACAAAAUAAGGAGUAUGUUUGAAAUGUCUAAUUUGGGUGAAAUGUCCUAUUUACUUGGCAUGGAGGUAUCUCAGACUCAGCAAGGGAUCUUCAUAAGCCAAAAGGCAUUUGCCUCGAAAAUUCUAAACAGAUUUUCCAUGCAAAAUUACAAAGCAACCAGUACUUCAGUUGCUGUUGAAGAAUAGCUAUCUAGCCAAGGUGGUUUUGAGAAGGUUAAUGAAUCUACCUAUAGGAGCCUAGUGGGAUGUUUGUUUUCCUUAACAGCCACAUGACCAGACAUAAUGUUUGCAGUCAGUCUUCUAUCCAGGUUCAUGCACUGUUGUAAUGUGAACCAUUUUCAAGCUGCAAAGAGAGUUCUCAGGUAUAUCAAAUGAACUCUGAGCUUUGGAAUUAUGUUCACCAAGGUUGACAGCAUGAAGCUUGUUGGUUUUACUGAUAGUGAUUGGGCAGGAUCAAUUGAUGAUACGAAAAGCACUUCAAGGUAUCUGUUUACCUUUGGAUCAACUUUUUUUGUUGGAGUUCAAAGAAACAAUCCAUUGUUGCUCAAUCAACAGUUGAAGCUGAAUAUGUUGUAGUUGCAACAACUAUUAAUCAAACAAUUUGGUUAAGAAAGCUAAUGGCAGAUAUGAACUUACAUCAAAGAGAAGCAACAGAGACUAGAAGUGAUAAUCAAUCUGUUGUUGCAAUUGCAAAUAAUACAGUAUUUCAUGGCAAAACAAAAUAUUUUAAGAUCAAGUUUCAUUUUGUUAGAGAAGUGGAACAAUCUCAAGAAAUCAAACUGGUUCAUUGCAAUUCUAAAGAUCAGUUAGCUGAUAUCUUGACAAAGCCUCUUGGUGUAUCAAGGUUCGAGAAUUUGAGAGCUAGAUUAGGAGUUUGCAGCAUGGAGGCCAAGGAGGAAUGUUAAAAGAUGGCUUUCAUGUAUACCAUAGUAGUUCGAGCCAUGCAAGUAGCAGCUGAAGAAUAUGCUGCUAUUUUGUUACUUUUUAGUUGAUGUUUUUGCUACUUAGUUACACUAGAACUAAGUAUGUAAGGUAUUUGAUGCAAUUUGGUGCUGAUAGAUUUGAUAAAUCAUCUUAACCAAGUGUACAAGCAAAGUUUUAUAAGUUUCAAGACUUUGUUAGUGGAGAUAGGUGUGUUUAGGUAAUAUUUUUAUCUUUUUGACAAGUUGAUUACUUGAUAUAUGUAAUGCUUUGUUUCAGAAAUGAGAUGAUGAAUCAUUCACCAAAAUUCUCUUCUUGUUUUGGUUCUUAUUGAGCAAUCUGUUCUUGUUACAAUUCAAGCCGAUUUCCUUGUUUGUUCAGCAAGUUACAGUAGCUUCUAGCUCAGGACUUUACUGUGAUUUCUUGAUCUGUUUUCUAAGUUCCUACAAAAAUAAAAAAAAAUCAAACACCAAAUUUAACCUCAUCAACUUUUGACUUCUGGAUCAACUUCAUAUCCGCUUUAAUAUCCUAUAUCGAUUUUCUAAUAGCCAUUUGUUUUGGUCUUGAUCCAACACCAAAAACAUUACAUGAAAGGAGUCUCAUCAACCCUCACCCCGCCUUUAACAAUUGCUUCUAAUUCUAUUUAGUUCCAUGGUAACUAGCUCAUCAAUAAUCUCUUUCUCGCCCCUAUUGAUCUCAACCCAGUUUAAGAACUCUGGUUUGCUACUACAUAUCAGGUGUUUUGCUUUGUCUCAGAUAUUCCUUUCUAAUUAUUUUCCCCAACAGUUCCAUGCCAAUGUAUUUUGGUUAUAUUAGAGUGGUCCAUGUCUAUCUCCCUGAUAAAAUCUUUGACCGCACAAUCAGUAUGCCUAUUGUGUUGGGCCCUGUUUCGCACUUAUAUUAAAUCCAUUUGGGUGGAAACCGAAUCCAGUCACCUGAAACUGCUAUUAAUCAGUUAAUUAAAGGGGAAAAAAUGAUCGACCAAAAACAGAAAAAACCGAAGAGUCUUUCCAUGUUCUUUCAUUCUUGUUCUUGUUUUCUUUUAGAAAGAGUGGAUUCCCAUUUUAUACUUGAUUCAACAAUCUUCUUGCUUUCUUAGUUUCCAGUUUGUAGUCGUUGGAUUUUGUUGAUCAAAGAUGGAAGUUGUCAUGGAUUCUAGUCUUCGUCGUCUUGUGAACAGAAGGCUGGAAUGGUUGGAAAUGACCAAGGAUCAGGUUUCAGAUUGGAACGCCGGAACAACUCGUAGACGAGACCGACUCAGUGCAUUACCUAAUACAGUGCUUUCCCGCAUUCUAUCCAAGAUGCCCAUGGACUCGGUUGUCCGAACCAGCAUCUUAAGUAAAAGGUGGAGUAAUCUCUGGAAGCACACCCAAGGCGUAGAUUUCCACAGUUUACCCUUCUCCGAUAACCAAGCCGACUAUUCUCCAAUUACUCGCUGCUUAGACCUCCUCCUAUCUCCUCAGAUCAUAAAAUUCACCGCUGUUGGCCACGUUAGCGAGCGUUCUAACCCUGAUGUACUAAGAUGGGUCAAUUUUGCACUCUCCAAAAACGUCCGUCAACUGACGAUAGGCCUCAUGUCAGUUUCUUUAGCAAGGAGAUUCUUUCAGUUGCCAGAUUCUCUUUUCUCCAAUCGAAGUAAAACACUGGAGCACCUUGUUUUAAGCUUUGUUGAAUUUACACCACCUCGUCCUGGUCAACCUAUUGCUGCGUCAGUCUUUUCUUCUCUUAAGCUUCUUGUUCUCACCCACUGCAAACUUGCAGAUGCGACUGUGGAUUUGUGCCUACGUAAAUGCGUUCUUCUUGAGGAAUUGGUCAUUAAUAUGUGUGAGGGGCUUAAGAAUGUUAACAUCAGUGGUCCAAAUCUUAGGCUGAUUAGUUUUAGGUGUCUUGAAGAUAGUGAUGAUGGGGAGUUUAGGUCAAUACGUGUUGAUGCUCCACUUGUUGGAAACCUGGUUUACUCAGGUGACUUGACCAAAUUUUAUUUGAACAACUGUCCGGUAUUACAAAUUUUACUCUUGCAAGGGAGGGAGGAGCCAAUGAAUGAGGCAUAUACUGUCCACGUUAGAGAAUUGAUCGAUCAAAUCAGACAUGUGAACACUAUGAUUCUAAAUUUUGCGGUUGUGGAGUUCGUCGCAAAAGAGUACUACACAAGAGGCAUCCCAUUCCAAACAUUCCAAAAUCUCACGCAUGUUUUUUGGUAUGGUCCACUAAAAUCUCCAAAUGCGGUUUACAACCUGGUUGCCUUCUUAGGGGAUUGUCCCUCUCUCAUAGAAAUUGCAGUAGAUUUUCGGGAGGAAAGUGGGGCUGUGUUCUGCCAAUGUAUAAGCGAAGGUCACGUGGCAGAUGAAUAUGAGGAGGGCCAGAGUUCACAACGUAAUCCGUACGAAGGUGGAAAUCUGGAAAAGCUGGAAAUAGCUGAGGUGAGAUGCUUUUCAGGAUUUAAUGGUGAAAUGUUGUUGGUGAGGUUGCUGUUGGAGAAGGCUGUGAAUCUUCGAAAACUAUGGCUGUUUUGGCGGCUGGGUGAUCUGAGUGUGAUGCAUGAUAAUGUGUUACAAGAUAUUACUAAAUCUGGCUACCCUCAACAACUUUCUGAUACAAUCCAGGAAGAAGCUAAUUCUAUUAUAGCAACCAUCCUUGAUUUUCGUAAAGGUUCUCCUCGUGCUCGAAUCAAAUUUGGACAAGAAUGGCGAAUUGAAUCCUGGAGACGUCAUUUUGGCGACUAGAAUUUCAUGUUCUCUGUAUUGAAGAAUCAAUGGUUGAAUUUCAACACCAAUGCAUAUGGAGUGAUGCCCAUCUUGACGACUGCUUUUUUUUUUUUCCUCUUCUUCCUUUCCUUCACCUAUUUCUAGUGUCAUCUACUUUACACAUAUCAAGUAUUAGUUAUAAAUGUUUCAAUUUUAAUGUUCUCCGUUACCAUUUACUUUUUUGCAUAUUUCCCCUCGAGGGGUAUUUGUUCCUGCGACCCACAUGAAUGAUCAUUUCACAAUUUCAUCA